AUGGAAGAGGAUAGCAAGUUAGGAGAGGUAGUGGAGGAAAUUAGUAAACUAGACCACAAAAAUGUCGGAUACAUCUACUCCUCCGCCGUUACCGCCGGUGAAGAUGGUGGAGAUAGAAGGGAAGGGCGGAGCACUAGUUACUUCUCAGCAGCUAAUAGCUGGAUAGAUUGUCCUCAGAGAUUCCCCUAUCCUACUCUAUUCUGCUGCUCCUCUUCUAAAUCACGACAACAAAUAUUGCUCCCACUAUUUCAGAACAAUAUUUUCGCCUGCGGUGGUGGUUUCUUGCCCCUAGUGCUCUUCUGCUUCACUCUUCUGCAGCCCCGAUUGCCGAUCCAUCGCUCUAUCCUCUUCCCACACCCAAUGGGUCUGCCAGGCCCUCAGCUGCCUUCAAGAAGUCAAUUAUCCUGUUGCGUGGAGGAUCUGCCGGCGGAGAGCGAGAUUGUGAUGAGGCUCAUUAGCGCUUCCGUUGCCAGCAGCCUCUUCCUGUUAAGUAACUGCAAUUUAGGUUUAUGGAAUCGCGAAUUUUCGUGUUCAUUUGCUGUCAAGCCUUUUUAUUAUGCUCGCAGAAGAGGAUUUUUUCUAUUUAAGGUGGUUGAAAAAGUUCAGGUACGUGCAACUGCUGCUGAAACCGACCAACCAAAUUGGUGGGAAAAGAAUGCUGGCCCAAAUAUGAUUGACAUACAUUCGACGGAAGAGUUUUUAGAUGCUUUAAGUCAAGCUGGAGAUAGAUUAGUCAUUGUUGAAUUCUUUGGCGCGUGGUGCGCAUCUUGCCGAGCUCUAUUUCCCAAGGUAUGCAGGAUUGCAGAACAACACCCAGAGAUCAUCUUUCUCAAGGUGAACUUUGAUGAGAACAAGUCCUUGUGCAAAAGUUUGAACAUAAAGGUCCUUCCAUAUUUUCACUUUUAUAGGGGAGCUGACUGCCUGCUGGAAUCAUUUUCGUGCUCUCUCGCAAAGCUCCAGAAAUUGAAGGAUGCCAUUGCAACCCAUAACAAAGCUCGUUACAGCGAGUGUCCAUUGAAAGAUAAUGGUGAUGGACGUCAAGAUCUUCCUGUAACAUCUGCAGUGCCAGAAGACAAAGAAUUAUAA